GCGCGGAGGCUGAGGUGAGCGUCGGGCGCCGGUGCAGAGCUACUGGAGCGCCCGGAGGCUCCGGGUGGUGGUGGCGGCGCAGACGAAGAAGGCGGCCCCGGCCCCGGCCCGUCCCGCGCCCCCACGGCCCCGCGGCCCCAAGCGCCCCCGGCCCCGGGCCCGUCCGCCGCCGCCAUGGCCCGGCCGCUGUUGCCCAGCUCGCAGAAGGGGCUGCUUCUGGAGCUCAAGGGGCUGCAGGAGGAGCCGGUGGAGGGCUUCCGGGUGACCCUGGUGGACGAGGGCGACCUGUACAAUUGGGAGGUGGCCAUCUUCGGGCCCCCCAAAACCUACUACGAGGGCGUCUGCUUCAAGGCGCGCCUCAAGUUCCCCAUUGACUACCCCUACUCUCCGCCGGCCUUUCGCUUCCUGACCAAAAUGUGGCACCCCAACAUCUACGAGACUGGGGACGUGUGCAUCUCCAUCCUCCACACCCCCGUCGAUGACCCCCAGAGCGGGGAGCUGCCCUCGGAGCGGUGGAAGCCCACGCAGAACGUCAGGACCAUCCUCCUGAGCGUCAUCUCCCUCCUCAAAAAAAAAAAAAAAAAAAAACAAGAGGGGAAAAGGCACUUCCAUGCCACUCUCUUGGUUCGGGAAGUGUCAGAGAAACCCCUGUGA